AUGGAAACAGAGAACCAAACAGGAAUAGCAGAAUUCAUCCUCCUGGGCCUCUCAGAGAAUCCAGAACUGCAGUCUCUUCUCUUUGGAAUGUUCUUAUCCAUAUACUUGAUCACUGUGACUGGGAACUUUCUCAUCAUCCUGACCAUCAGCUCAAACUCUCACCUUCAUAUUCCCAUGUACUUCUUUCUCUCCAACCUGUCCUUCACUGACAUCUGUUUCAGCACCACCACAGUCAUCAAGAUGCUGGUGAACAUUCAGACACACACCAAAUCCAUCAGUUACACAGGCUGUCUCACCCAGCUCUGGUUUGUCCUGGUUUUUCAGUGUUGGGAAAAUUGUCUCCUUGCUGUAAUGGCCUAUGACCGGUAUGUGGCCAUUUGUCAUCCAUUGAGGUACACAGUCAUCAUGAACCCCCUCUUCUGUGGUCUGUUGAUUCUACUCUCCUUGCUCAUUAGUAUUCUGAAUGCCCUGCUCCAUGGUCUGAUGGUGUUGUGUCUGUCCUUCUGUACAGACCUGAAGAUUCCCCAGUUUUUCUGUGAACUUGCUCAGGUCCUCAAGCUUGCCUGUUCUGAUACU